CUUCCGGACGCCAAGAAAGACAGAGACCGCUGCCGCCGAAUUUAAAGAGACAGUAGAUAGUUAUUUUAAAAUACGUUAAACGGCAACCAUUGUCUCCGAGCUUUUAUUUCCCGACGCUUUCUGCCUCCCCUUGGUCUAAUUCGACAGCGAUGUUUGGUCAAAGUCACGUCGGGUAGCAGCUUGUCUGUCAUCACAACCUCCACUCCGCUGGAUUCCCCGUCCCUUUUUUUUUUUUUUGCUCUCUUGUGUUCCCGAGGACUGUCCAGCCAAGGCAAAAGUAGUAGGGGGGUUUUGCUCGGGUGGUGUGCAAGGCUGGAUGUGGAUUCCCCCGAUCCGGAAAGAGCGAGGUUUUUGUCGGAUAAUAGCCAACAACCGGAGGAGGAAACGAGCGAGGCGUCCCCUCUCAAGUUGUGGCCGCGGCUCUGGAGCCUCCCGUCGCCGGGAUAAUGGCGAAGAUCCAGGCUCAGCACAGCACCGCCAAGCAAAUCACCCAGAUCCAGGACAAGCCUUACGUUAUAUCGCAAAAGCAAGUGCAGCAGCAGCAUUUCCAGAAGCUGAAGGUUGAAGAUGCCUUGUCAUAUCUGGACCAAGUCAAAAUCCGCUUUGCAAAUGACCCUGGCAUAUAUAACAAGUUUCUCGACAUCAUGAAGGAGUUCAAGUCACAAAGCAUUGACACGCCAGGUGUUAUAAACCGUGUGUCACAACUGUUUCAUGGACAUCCAGACCUGGUUUUGGGCUUCAAUGCCUUCCUGCCACCAGGCUAUCGGAUAGAGGUCCCUAAGAAUGGGAUGGCUUUCCUCCAGUCUCCGUUCUCCACACAGGUUUCUCCAGGACAUCAGGGGAAGACUAUGGUUGCUCCAACAGUGGCUGCGACCUCUGGUGCUUCUGUUGUUCCUACUGAAGCUGGACCAGCCCAGACCAGUGAAGUCAAGGCAGCCUCAUUGGAGUCCCUGUCGGCAUCUUCAGCAGGACUUCCAGAGCCUCCCAGCAGACUUUCUCUUCCUCUGGCUAGCAGGGAGAGCCAGAAUCAGGCAACCACCUCAUCUGUUUCCCCACCUGCGUCAGAGACGAGCCCCGUAGAGUUUGACAGUGCCAUCAGCUAUGUAAACAAGAUUAAAAACCGUUUCUUGGACCACCCAGAGAUUUAUAGAGCUUUCCUAGAAAUUCUUCACACAUAUCAGAAGGAGCAGCUGGAGGUGAAGGAAAGUCGAAGCAGCAAAGGCAGCACGGGGAUGACUGAAGAUGAGGUGUUUUCCAAAGUUGCCAGUCUUUUCAAGGGACAGGAGGACCUGCUAGCUGAGUUUGGACAGUUUUUACCUGAUGCUAAAAGAUCUCUGUUUACAGGGAGCUCACUAACAGGGGGGAAAGAGCAGCCAAAAAGGUCAGAGGAAGAGGACACAGUAACCAAACAGAACAAAAAGAGGCCCAGGCCCAUACUCCUACAGCACAUGUCGCCACUGCUCAAGAAAAAAUUGAAAUAUUCCUGUACCAAAGAUCAAUCAUUUGCUUCAGUUGGCAAACAUGGUGUCUUAAGAGAAUUCUCGUUUUUUGAUAAGGUUCGUCGCCUGUUUAAAAGCCAGGAAGUGUAUGAGAACUUCCUGCGUUGUAUUGCCUUGUUUAACCAGGAAGUAGUUUCUGGAGCAGAGCUGCUUCAACUCGUCACUCCUUUCCUGGGGAAGUUUCCUGAGCUGUACACACAGUUCAAGUCAUUUUUGGGGGACAAAGAGCUCUCUCAUGCUGUGUCAGGGCUUUCGGAUCGUUACAUGGAGGGGGGAGGGGGCAGAGAGGUUGAUUAUGCCUCCUGCAAGCGCCUCGGAUCCAGCUAUAGAGCGUUGCCCAAGACUUAUCAGCAGCCUAAGUGCAGUGGGCGCACUGCCCUAUGUAAAGAGGUUUUGAAUGACACUUGGGUGUCGUUUCCCUCCUGGUCAGAGGAUUCCACCUUUGUUAGCUCAAAGAAGACCCCUUAUGAGGAACAGCUGCAUCGCUGCGAGGAUGAAAGAUUUGAACUGGAUGUUGUUCUGGAGACAAACUUGGCCACCAUAAGGGUGCUGGAGAGCGUACAGAAGAAGCUGUCCCGUCUGUCACCAGAGGACCAAGACAGAUUCAGACUAGACGACUGCCUAGGCGGCACCUCGGAGGUCAUUCAGCGUCGUGCUGUGUAUCGUAUCUAUGGCGACAAGGCCCCUGAGAUCAUUGAGGGACUGAAACGGAGUCCUGCCACUGCUGUGCCUGUGGUUCUUAAGAGGUUGAAGGCCAAGGAGGAGGAGUGGAGAGAAGCUCAGCAGGGUUUCAAUAAGAUAUGGAGGGAGCAGUAUGAAAAGGCCUACCUGAAGUCCCUCGACCACCAAGGAGUCAACUUCAAACAGAAUGACAUGAAGGCCCUGCGGUCAAAGAGUCUCCUCAACGAGAUUGAAAGCAUCUAUGAUGAGCGACAGGAGCAGAGCACGGAGGAGGGCGGAGUUGGCCAACAGGCCCGCAACAGCUCUGGUUUGGCCUCAUCCAGUGAACCUCACAUGGUGUUCACAUACGAUGAUAAGCAGAUCUUGGAGGAUGCCGCUUCUCUCAUCAUCUACCACGUCAAACGUCAGCCCACCAUCCACAAAGAUGACAAAGACCACAUCAAGCGUAUCAUUCAGCACUUUGUCCCCGACUUAUUCUUCUCCCGCCGCGGAGAGCUUAGUGAUACAGAAGACUGGACUGAUGAGGAGGCAGAGCCUGAGGAAGGAGGAGAAAGAGGAGAAGGUGUAACGGCUACAGCGGGUGCAGGAGGAAAUGGGAAUUCUAGUAAUGCUUCAGGAGCAGCGCCCACAGGUCAGUCUCAACCCCAGCCAACCCUGUCACAAGCCCAGACUCAAUUGCAGCAGCAACUCAAUGGUGAGUCCAGGAGGAGGCGCUGCAGCCCACCCCAACCUGCUGACACAGAGGCCUCAACUACAUCCACUAGCACAAGCCAGCUUGCAGGCACUACUGCGUCCACGCCUGGCUCGACACCGAUGGAGACGAGUUCUGUUGCAGCUGGGGAGAAAGUCGACCUCCGUGACCCUGAAGCAGAGCACCAGAAGGAGCUGGAUGGAGUCUACAAUCUCUUCUUUGUCAACAACAAUUGGUAUUUUUUGCUGCGGCUGCACCAAACUUUAUGCUCACGGUUACUGCGGGUUUACCGACAAGCUGAACGGCAGCUACUUGAGCACCGAGCAGAGCAAAGCAGAGAGAGGCUGCUGAUGGCAGAGGGAAGGAGGGAAAAGGCGUGUGACCUGGCCAUGGAGCUCCGCCUCAAACAGCCCAGUGAGGUUGAGCUGGAAGAGUACUACCCAGCCUUCCUAGAUAUGGUGCGCAGUCUGCUGGAUGGCAACUUGGACUCGACACAGUAUGAAGACACACUUAGAGAGAUGUUCACCAUCCAUGCUUACAUUGGCUUCACCAUUGACAAGGUUAUCCACAAUAUAAUUCGGCAGUUGCAGCACCUGGUGAGCGAUGAGGUGUGUCUGCAGGUGGUUGAUCUUUACUUGGCUGAGAGAAAGCGGGGAGCAGCAGGUGGGAACUUGUCCUCGCAGUGUGUCAGAGCAGCUUGGGAGACCAGUUACCAGUGGAAAGCGGAGAGAGUCAUGGCUGAAGAGAACUGCUUCAAGGUGAUGUUUAUUCAAAACAAAGGUCAGGUGACAUUGACCGUUGAGCUGCUGGACACGGAGGAGGCUCAGGCUGAUGACCCACUAGACGUUCAGUGCCUGUCGAGCUACAUGGAGCAGUUUGUAGGAACAGAGUCCAGCCUGUGCUCUCAAGCAGAUGGCUACUUCUUCAAGCCUGUAUUUCUGCCCAGGAACCUGCGUCGUUUCCGUCGCUGGCAAGUACGGCAGGUGGAGGCGAUGCGCUGCAGGAGAGAGUGGCACCGCCAGCUGGGGGUAGAAAACGCUGGCAGUCUGGACUGUCGCUUUAAACUCAACACUCACAAGAUGGUGUUUGUCAUGAAUUCUGAGGACUACAUGUAUCGCCGGGGGGCGCUGGUCAAGGCCAGGAAGUCACAGCACAGGGUGGCAGCGAGCCAACAUGAACGCUUUGACAAGUGGCACCAGGGCUGGCUGGGCAAUCAUGUCACAGCUGCAGCCGAACGCUCGGUGCAAAACUGGCUAAUGGGUGAGGAGGAGGAGGACUUUAUCCCCUGCAAGACUACCUGCUUGUCCAUGGAGGUGAAAGGACAGAUGGUCAACAGAUACCAAGUUCAUUACACCAGUAGCAAAGCCCCCGCCUCACCGUAAAGGUCCGCAUGGUGAUGGACACGCAGGAAACAGUUACGCAGAGAAAUGCAUGGACUUACAGGACAUCUAUCUGUACACUAAACACAGACAUCAACAACUACAGUCCCAUUACUUGGCCUUCCUUCACUACACUCAUUCGCUGACACACAUUGAUGAAGAAACUGGCAGAAACUUAGUGAGUCAGUGAGUGAGUGUCAGCGAGAGGAGUGAUGAUGUGGAAAUGAGGACCACAGCCAGUGAAGUAAUGAGAGUGAACUCAGUCCUGACUGAUGGGACUAGUUGGACAUAACGGCACAAAUGGAGCUCAUCAAUCCGCAGCAUCUUCAUCAUUUUAUCUUCUCUCAUGGCACUAAAGUUAAUAAGACUAAUGGACAGAGGAAGCCUAUCAGGUGAGAGGUCAUGAGACAUCAUGAGACAUCAUGGAAUUCUUUUCUGAAAUGUGAAUGUCUUUUUUUUUUUUUUUUUUUCUCCUCUUUCUUUUCAUGUUAAGCGUAGUUUUUAGCUUAUAAAGCCAGGGAGCCUUCCGCCUGUUGGUUGAUUUGUGUGUUUAUAUGGAGAGAUAAUGGUAAAUGUGUGUAUGUAUGUGUAUCCUGCUCUCUUCAUGUUGACAGUUUAUUGGCCCAGAAGAGACUCUACAAAUACGGUAACUGCAUUUUUGCUGUUAUGUGCAUAUAUAUAUAUAAAAACAGGGAUCCUGUAAUUUUGUAUAUGCAGCUACACGGCUGAGAAAUCAAAUUAUCAUGUGGUUCCUUACAGUGUUUGCCGUCAACCAACUGUUGUUUGUGGGGUUUUUUUAUUUUAUUUUUUUAUUUUCCUGGGUUUUUUUGUGUUCUUGGUAAACAAGUUAUCAGGGCAACAAAGAGUCCUUAAAAUUGAUUAGUUUAAUAUUGAUAAAGCAGUCAAAUUAUGUAUCAUAUUCAUGAUUUCACCAAACAUUUUUUGUGUUGUCCAUUUUUGCAUACUGACGUUGAAAAUAAAAGCAAAUUAUCAUCAGUGUUAAAAAAAAAAGAAUGUAUAAUGUUUAUCCUGUAUCAGUUAUUAGAAAAUAAACAACCUAGUUGUGACCUUC